AUGCCCCAACUCUAUUUAUUUAUAGUAUCAGUAGUAGUGUUAGUAGUAAAUGGUUUUCAUUCACAUAUCAAACACUAUCCGAACGUAACACUAGACACGUGUGGUAUCGGCAGACAAUCGCUGUUGACUACCGGUCAGUGUCUCCGUUGGGAAUUCAAUGCAAACUCAACUACUAGUAAUAGUAUACAAUACGGACGGUUAGCCGAUCCGGGAGAGUGGCCAUGGGUUGUCUAUAUCAGUGGUUUAAGAUAUUUAACGAAUCCGUUUUAUAGAUCCAAACACGUAUGUAGUGGUGUUAUAUUGAAUCAACUAUGGGUUAUAACGGCAGCGCAUUAUACUCCGAGUAGACGAUUACAAUAUGAUAUUGCACUAAUCAGAUUGCAAUCGCCAGGUAUUCAGAUGAUGACCCUCAACAGUGACGGCGGCUACUAUACGGUAAACGGUAUUUGUUUGACCAACGAAAACAUAGCCAACAAUCGGGACGAAUUGGCAUUGUUUGCCGGUUUUGGUGAUACCGAUAAUUUUGUCCAAAAUGAUGGACCACUUAGGAUGGGUUGGAUAAAAAUUCAUAGACAUAUACUUAAGGAUCGUUACGGUACUGUUAUUAAGGCUCAUAGAUAUCCCACUCAGAUAGGAACUGGAUUAUGUGAUGGUGACUCUGGUGGACCAUUGAUCCAAUACGCAGGGGGUAUACGUUUAGGCUAUGAAGAAAAGGCGGUACUUAUCGGUAUCAGUGCCGGCGCGCACAUAACAGUAGUAGUGGUGGUAAAUGGUUUGCACUCAGGUAUCAAACAAUACCCGAACGUAACGCUCGACACGUGUGGUAUCGGCAGACAAUCACUGUUGACUACCGGUCAGUGUUUCAAUUGGUCAUCCAAUGUGAUCACUAGUAGUGUACAAAACGGACGGUUAGCUAAACCGGGAGAGUGGCCAUGGAUUGUCUAUUAUGAGAAUUAUAACUAUUUUCUAGGUUUCAUACGGACAUUCAGAUUAUACUGUAAUGGUAUUAUACUAAACCACAAAUGGAUUUUAACGGCUGCCCAUUGUCUUGAUCCUGCUUAUACUAUAACAGUGCGCACUGUUCAGGAUAGACGAGACAAUAGCCAUACGUAUAGUAUGGACAAGAGGUUCAUACAUCCCGACUAUAGAUCAAUAGGUUCGGAUGAUAGUGAAAGACGGGUUCAGUUUGAUUUGGCACUCAUAAAACUGGCCGAACCGGGAAUAGUCGAAUGGGCCAAACAUGAUGGUUAUUAUACUGUAAAUUCAAUUUGUUUGCCCGACAAUGGCGGCCGAGAUGACGGUAUUAACCGUAGAGGAGAACUGGGAUUAUAUGCCGGUUACGGCUUUAUACGUGAAGGUACCGAAAAUGAUGGCCCAUUGAGAAUGGGUUGGUUGAUAAUACAGCCCUAUCUAUACAAUGCAAUUUUCGCUAUGAAAUAUCCGAGUCAAAGUGGCACUAAUUUAUGCCAGGGUGAUUCUGGUGGUCCAUUGAUUCAAUAUGUGACCGCCAAUGAUGGUAGUCGUCGGGCGGUACUAAUUGGCAUAUAUUCCGGCGGAACUAAUAGUGAUUCAUCAAAAAUUAAUAGUAAUAAAACUAAUAGAAAAAUUGUUAUCAAUAAAAAUGUUAUUGAAAACAGUGGUAAAUCAGUGGCCAGAAGUCGGGCGUAUACAGUGUUGGCUGUAUUUGCGGCCAUAAUAUCGCUAUAUUUUUUGCCCGUUUGGCAACACAUUGACCACUGGUUGACAUUCAAUUUGGACAUCGAUCGCAAUACCUCAGAAAUUGUUAAAUCACGUGGUUUUCAAUCGGAAACACAUUAUGUCGAGACAGCCGACGGUUAUCACUUGACGGUCAUCCGUAUUGUUAAUCCUUAUGUCAGAAAUCGGUUGCUAUUAAAACCAAUACUAUUACAACACGGCUUUCAAUGCAGUUCCGAUACAUGGCUUAUAGCAUCAAUGGGACAGUUGACCCGAGAAGGCCGGUAUGUAGAAGAUUGGAUGACCGCGACAAACAAUGGCCACAACAAAGUGGGCAAUAGUUUGGGAUUUGUUUUGGCCGCCAAUGGCUACGAUGUUUGGUUGGCUAAUAUGCGUGGAAAUCGGUAUUCACUAAAUCAUACGAGCUAUAUAAGUGAUGACACAGAGUUUUGGCGUUUUUCUAUCGAUGAGAUGAUUGAAUACGAUUUGCCGGCAAUGAUAGAGUAUAUCAAAAAACAAACAAAAAAAGAUGAAAUUGGCUAUAUUGGCCAUUCCCAGGGCACUUACAUGAUGUUCUCGUUGUUGGCAACACAACCGCACUAUUCAGACACUAUUAAGCCAUUUAUUGCCAUAUCUCCCGUUCCCUAUAUGGGCAAUGCAACAUCAUUGUUGGUCAAAUUAGGACAGUAUGUUUACCCGCUUCUCAGGAGAUCCGAGACAUCAUUUCUUUUAGUUGAGAGACCAUUGAAAUUUUAUGCCAAACUAUGCGACACUACCUACUGGGCUCAGGUAGUCUGUCAUCGUAUAUUCUAUUUGCUACUUGGCUUCCAAAGUUCUCAAUGGAAUAUGACAAGGACAGGGGUCUACAUAUCAAACAUACCGUCAGGCUCUAGUAGCUGGAAUGCUGCCCAUUUGUUACAGUCAUCCCGAUCUAACCGUCCCGAACGAUACAAUCACUGGGACUCCCGGGACAAUGAGCGCCAGUAUAACUCAGACGUACCGCUAGCCUACGAUAUGGAAGCCAUAAACUCGACCGAUAUUGCGCUCAUCUAUACGGCCAACGAUUGGCUCAAUCAUGUCGACGACGUCCGCCUAUUAAAAGAUCAUCUAAAAGUUAAAUUGUUGGACGACUAUUUAGUACCCGAUAGCACCUGGAAUCAUAUGGAACUUCUAAUGGGUACCGGUGCUGGACAGUAUGUAAAUGUACGGGUACUCGAUUUGUUAGCCAAAUAUUAA